AUGCAAGAUACAUCUGUGAUUUCUUUUCAACCAAAAUCUAUUAGUAUUGUUAUCGGUGAAAAUAAAUCAGUCAAUAUUCAUCUUCUUAAAUCAGAUCUUACUUUUCCUAUUUCUAUUGCAUUUCUUUAUGAUGGUAAAUUUAAUAAUACACAAGGUUAUAUUAAUUCAAUACCAAAUAUAACAUUUACAAAUCAUACAACUGAUGAUCUAAGUCAAUUUAUUACUAUAACUGGUCGUCGUCAAGGUCAUCUAGUUCUAACAGGACAAUCAUCACAAAUUAAUAUAUCAUCAUUAAUAGAUUUUCUUCUUAUUGAUAUAGCACGUAGUAAUAUAUUAAAUAUAUUUAUACAAAUUGUUGGUUGGAUUUAUUUUUCUGCAUGGUCUGUAUCAUUUUAUCCUCAAAUAAUAUUAAAUUUUCGACGUCGAAGUGUUAUUGGACUUAAUUUUGAUUUUUUAGCAUUAAAUAUUCUUGGACAUUCAUGUUAUUCAAUAUUUAAUGUUGCUUUAUAUACAUCAUCAAAAGUUCAACAUCAAUAUUAUGCUAUCCAUCCACAUGGUGUUUUACCUGUUUUACUUAAUGAUGUAAUAUUCAGUUGUCAUGCUGUUUUUGCAUGUACGGUUACAAUUAUUCAAUGUUUAUUAUUUGAACAUGGUAAUCAACGUGUAUCUUAUGUUGCUCGUUUAUUAAAUGGUAUUGGUAUUGUAUUUUUAUUAAUAUCAUCAAUUAUUUCAUUAUCUAAUCAUUUAUCAACAUUAACAUUAUUAUAUUUUUUUUCUUAUAUUAAAUUAGCAAUAACAAUAAUAAAAUAUUGUCCACAAGCAUGGAUGAAUUAUAAACGAAAAUCAACUGAAGGUUGGUCUAUUGGUAAUAUUCUUUUAGAUUUUACUGGUGGUGUAUUCAGUUUAUUACAAAUGUUUUUACUUGUAAUAAAUUAUAAUGAUUGGUCAUCUAUAUUUGGUUCACCAACAAAACUUGGUUUAGGUUUAUUUACGAUUUUAUUUGAUAUUUUAUUUAUUGUUCAACAUUAUGUACUUUAUCGUACAAAUUCAAGGCAUUUAAGACGAAUAAAUAUGUCAAAUAGUGAAUUCAAUGAUAAAUCAACAAUUGUUUUAACAUAA